GCUCCCUCCAACAACUGUAUACCAGACCAUCGCUGGCGUUUGUUGUCAUUCAUAACCCUCCACCAUUCCUUCCCUUCUGGCCUGUCAAAUCUUCCAAACGUUAACGCUUCUCAUUUCCCUGUUUCUGUAUCCUCUUCGUUUUUAUAAUUUUCUUUUCUAUUCCACUUUAUUUUUGGUUUUGUUCGUUUUUGGGGGGUUUUUUUGGUUCUCUCUUUUACUGUUUUGAGUGAUUCUUUUUCUAUUGCUUUUUUUUCUGUAAAUUUGCCAUUGUUUGUGUUUUGCAUUUAUUUUUCCUUCUUUUUUUUUUUGGAAAAAAACCAAAAGAUUUUUUUCUAAACGUUUUCUUUUCACCGCGUAAAUUCUCGACUUUUCUUACUUUACUUAGUUACUUACUAAAACUUACUUAACGAUGUCGCCUUCUUCUCAUUCCCUCGAAAACCCCCCUCCACGAAAAACACGCCUCUAUAGUUCCAGCAGGGAUUCCCCUUACCCUUCUUCUUCGUGGAAUCAAUCCAAUUCAAAACUCGAUGAUGUGAAUUCUCUAAAAUCCAUUUCUCUAAAUGAUCGUCAGGGUCUAAAAUCUCGUUUUACCGUACAAUCGCAUGAUGAGUCCGAGGAGACACAAGACCCAGACUUCACUCUAGUACUUCCCUCCAAUCGUCUAUACAUCGUUAUUCCCGGUCUCAUGCUAUGCAUCUUUCUCGCUGCCCUUGAUCAAACCAUCAUUACCACUGCCAUCCCAACCAUCGUCAACAGUUUUCAUGAUAGCUCUUCGUCUUCAUGGAUUGGUACUGCUUAUUCGCUCGCAGAAACCGCUGUCCUUCCUUUCGUAGGCAUCAUGAGUGAAGUCGUUGGUCGAAAGGCUGUUCUCUACACCUCCAUUGUCAUCUUUCUCUUUGGAAGCGCCCUUUGUGGUGCUGCCAAGAGCAUGAUAUGGCUUAUCUUGUGCCGUGCUGUUCAAGGUAUCGGUGGUGGUGGAAUCAUGUCUUUGGUAACUAUCGUCAUCGCCGACAUAACACCUCUUCAAACACGCUCUUACUAUACAGGUUGUUUUGGUGCCACCUGGGGUAUCGCUUCUGUCAUGGGUCCUUUGAUAGGUGGUGCCAUCUCCCAAAAAACGACUUGGCGCUGGAUUUUCUUCAUUAACCUGCCCACCGGCGGUAUUGCUUUGACUACGCUUGUCUUAUUUCUUAAUUUGAUUCCAAAACCAAGAACUUCUUUUACCCAGUUCCUGAAAACCUUUGACUUCGUUGGCAUCAUCACGAUUACUGUUGGUGUUGUUCUCUUUCUGCUUGGUCUUAAUCUUGGUUCUACUACUGGUGUUUGGAAACACGCAAAUAUCUUAUGCUACCUAAUAAUCGGCAUUCUUUGCCUGGUCGUGUUUGCUGUUAAUGAAACGUAUACCAAGCGUAUAAAGAUUAUGCCUCCUUCCGCAUUUAAAACUCUCUCACUCACAUCCGUUAUGGUAACCUCCUUUUUACACUACUACAUUAUGUCUACCAUCACAUAUUACAUUCCCGUAUACUUUCAAAACAUAAAAGGCGAUGGUCCACUUAUGUCCGGUGUCCACACCCUCUCCUACGCAGUCGUCUCCUCUGUUACCUCUGCUAUUAGUGGUUUUAGCAUUGGCAAGUUAAGAAACUAUAAGUACUUUAUGAUUGGCGGUUGGAUCAUUCUCUUGGCCGGUUCUGGCGCCAUGAUUGCUAUUUACUAUGACACUGAAUUCUCCAGGGUUAUGGGGUUCAUUGCGCUGACGGCUGUCGGAGUGGGCAAUUUGUUUCAGCCUAAUCUAAUUGCACUGCAAGCAUCCGUCCCUCCUGCAACCAUGGCAACUUCUUGCUCCGCAUUCAUGUUGCUUCGAAAUAUGGGUUCCUCUAUUGGCAUUUCCAUUGGAGGAGUUAUUUAUGAUCAACAGUUAUCUACUUUGCUCAAGGGCACGUCUUACAGUAAAGACAUGACGUUUUCGCAAAUCCAGGCUAUUACAGAUGUUUCGAAGCGUAACUUCGUUUUGAAAGCCUUUGCAGAUGCCAUUAGAAUGAUUUGGAUCGUCAAUGUGCCUUUUGCUGCAUUAGGAGCAAUCUUGUCAUUUUUUGUUAGGCAGAACAAACUAAGCCAAAGCGUGUUACAAUACGAUGAGAAGAAGGAAAAGAUUUCACAAGAUGGUCGUGCGGUAGAAAAGCCAUAAAUAUGAAGGAGAUGGCAUGGAUACUUAUUGGAGUGUGUAUGGACGUUUGAAAUUGGGUUUGUUUUGGAAUGGGUAAUUGUCUAUUUAUGAAACAUUGUUUGUUGUUAUAUUAGUAAUAGUUUAUUUUUAGUCCCUCCUUGUUAAUGUUAAAGGGUAAUACCUUCUGGAAUUUUUUUUCGCUACGAACUAAUAAAUGUUGUUUUCAUGGAAAUCCACAAGGAUAUUAACCCAUAAAGGCUAACGGUGAAUUUCCUAUGCCUCUUUCAAAUAUGGCUUCGUCUUGCUAAGUACCAAAAAGAAUCUGAUUCGUAUACCUAAGCCCGUGGUUUGAGUGAUUCAUAUGUGCUUGACAAGGAAACUAUCUCUGGUUUAUCAUAGCUUCCCAAAUAUGACUUGUAAACUCCUAAUUUCACCAAGAGAACUACUCAAAAAGAAAAUUGUAGUUUCAUCGAAAGACUAUAGAAUAAAUAGAAACUCUUCGAAGC